GCUACGUUCUGUUUUUCUCUGACGAACCUCGUGAUCGCGUCAUCAUCGCCGUUCAAGGAAAACAACGUCAAAGAAAGCUUCCAGAAUCCAGACGAACUAAGUGACUCUGCCGAGCGGCGUUUUAGCGUCAUGAGCUAAAUGCCUAAAUGAGACAUCGGGUGACAUGGGGGCUCGGCAGCGGGUCAACGCCUUUUCGCUUCUCACAGUCGGUUUGUUAUUGUGGCUGCUGUGUGGAAGGAGCUCCAGCAAACCCGUGGGAAAAUGUGGCGGCAACAAGCCGUGCCAAUCCCCGGGACACCCAGUCGUCCUCGUUCCAGGGGACCUAGGAAACCAGCUGGAGGCAAAAUUGGACAAACCCAGCGUGGUUCAUUAUAUUUGUUACAAGAAGACGGACACCUUCUUCACUUUAUGGCUCAACUUGGAGCAGCUAGUACCUGUUGCCAUUGACUGCUGGAUGGACAACAUAAGGCUGAUCUACAACAGGACCACACACACUACCUCGUCGCCACCCGGCGUCAACAUCAGCGUGCCAGGAUUCGGAGACACAUACUCGGUGGAGUAUCUGGACCCUAGUAAACGCAGUGUUGGUAUGUAUUUCUUUAAUAUUGUACAGGCCAUGGUGGACUGGGGCUACACGCGGGGUGUUGACGUGAGAGGAGCCCCCUAUGAUUGGAGGAAAGCACCUAACGAAAAUAAGGAUUACUUCCUAGCGUUACAGAAAAUGAUCGAAGAGAUGGCAGAAAAUGCUGGCGGACCCGUAGUCAUAAUCGCCCACAGUAUGGGCAACAUGUAUACUUUGUACUUCCUCAACCAGCAGCCUCAAGCUUGGAAGGACAAAUAUAUCAAAGCCUUUGUCGCUCUUGGACCACCAUGGGCUGGCGUGGCCAAGACGCUUCGUGUCAUCACCUCAGGUGACAAUAACGGCAUUCCGGUAAUCAGACCACUAAAGAUCCGCUCUCAGCAACGGACGGCUGUGUCCACCUCUUGGCUGCUUCCCUAUGCCCACACCUGGCCUAAAGAUAAGGUUUUGAUCCAGACACCCACGACUAAUUACACCGUGAUGGACUACAAGAAACUCUACUUUGACCUCGGUUUUGAGGAUGGCUGGCUCAUGCGUCAGGACACGGAGUCUUUGCUCUACGACCUAACACCGCCCGGUGUGGCAGUCCACUGCUUGUACGGCACUGGCGUUCCCACAUCCGAAGCCUACCAGUACACCUCAAAGUUCCCCGAUGUGGACCCCACCGUAGUGAUGGGUGAUGGCGACGGCACGGUCAACCUGCUGAGCGCCACGCAAUGCAAGCGCUGGGCCGGGCAGCAAAAACAAGCGGUGACCUUGCAAGAGCUUCCUGAGAAUGAGCACGUCAACAUGCUGCUCAACGUCUCCACUGUGGCCUACAUUAAGAAGGUGCUUUUCAACACCUGAGUAGUCGGCGUCACACAGAACGCCUCUCUCGCUGUCAUUUGUGCUGUUCAAAUGGUUUUUUGUGCUGCUAUGGUUUUUACCCUCUAAAACUAUCGCAUGUAUGUGCCUCGCUAUGUGCGGAAAGACGCAGCAGCCAUUUUGACAUUAGCAAUUCCAUAAAGUCCGUAAGUAUUGCGAUCAAAUUGAUGUGUUCAAAUGGCUGCUGCUCUAGUGUUUUUGUGAUAAUUUUUUUUUCUUUUUCCAAGCCGUUUCCAAUGAAUUUUAUACAGUUGAUGUUUAGGGAUGAACUUGGAUUUUUAGCUAAAAAAGAACAGAGUAUGACGUAAAUGAAUAUAUAUUAUAUAUGUUAAUUAUUCAAUGUUAGCUUUUAAUUGAGUAAGCCCAUAUUUGGCUUUGUUACGUUUUGCUCAUUUUGUACAACUAAUUAAAUUCUGGCUAGAGGACACAGGCACAGUUUUGGAAAAAAAUGUAAUUAUGCUAGGGUUCUCAUUUGUUUAUUAUUCAUCCAAGAUGUACAAUUGGUUCAGCAACACAUACUCAAUAAUUCAGGGAUUAUUAAUAUCAAAAUCUUGUCAUUUUCAGAAGACAGUCCUAUCAUGUCAGUGCAUGUUUUCUGCUUUAGUUUUUGUGAUAUGUGCUCAAAACCCAAGUUUCUUGUCUCUGUUACAGCAAUGUUAAAAAGCAUUCAGCUCCUCUUUAGUGCCAAAAUGUAUUUACACAUAAUCUAUGAAAAGGUUUUAAAUUUUACUUGGUUUUUCAAAGCUAAAUAUUUGUUUGUGGUCGUUUUCUCUGUACAGUAGAAUAAUUGGUUUGAUAGAACACUGACGUGUCGAUCUGUUUUUUGUUUUUAAUUUAGCUUUUGCAUACCAUUUUAUUUUUAUUGCCGGGCUAAACGUCACUUCCCUAAAAUCUAUUUCUCUUGACAAUCAAGAAGUUGGUGGCUGUGAUUACCCAAAGUUUUUCUAAACGUGACCUUUUAUGUACUUGUGGAAAUGAAGUUGGUUUCGCUCUUAGACUGGAGUAAAUGUACUACCUGACCACAAUGAUGUACUGCUGUGAACUGUUAAAAAGUACGGACUUUA